AAUCAGUUUUAUAUCAAGAGAAAACACUUAGAAAUAUAUCUAAGUGUGAUAUCUCUUCUUCUUCCUCCCAAAACCCCUAAAGAGUUUAUACAAACCAGAAAAGAGAGUCAUGCCUCUCUUCGACACUCACAACACAUGGGCCUUUGUCUUUGGUUUGAUGGGAAAUGUUAUCUCCUUCGCCGUGUUCCUUUCUCCUGUGCCAACGUUCUAUAGGGUUUGGAAAAAGAAGACAACAGAAGGAUUUCAGUCUCUUCCUUACGUUGUGGCGCUCUUCAGCGCGACGCUAUGGCUUUACUAUGCGACACAGAAGAAAGAUGUCUUCCUCCUUGUUACCAUCAACGCCUUUGGCUGCUUCAUUGAAACCAUCUACAUCUCCAUGUACCUUGCCUACGCCCCCAAGACAGCCAAGAUGUUGACAGUGAAGUUGCUACUUCUUAUGAACUUUGGAGGGUUUUGUCUGAUUCUCCUUAUUUGCCAAUUCUUGUUCAAAGGACCCACACGUGCGAAGAUCAUCGGAGGAAUCUGUGUCGGAUUCUCUGUUUGUGUUUUCGCUGCUCCUCUAAGCAUAAUCAGGACGGUGAUAAAGACAAGGAGUGUGGAGUACAUGCCCUUUAGCUUAUCUUUAACCCUUACAAUCAGUGCUGUGAUAUGGCUCCUUUAUGGUCUUGCUCUCAAGGACUUCUAUGUUGCUUUCCCUAAUGUGAUUGGAUUUGUUCUCGGUGCACUCCAAAUGAUACUCUACGUAGUCUACAAAUAUUGUAAAACGCCGCCGCAUUUGGGAGAGAAAGAAGUGGAAGCUGCCAAGUUACCAGAGGUGAGCCUCGAUAUGCUGAAGCUAGGCACAAUUUCAUCCCCUGAGCCAGCACCAAUCGCAGUCGUUCGUCAAGCGAACAAGUGCACGUGCGGAAAUGAUCGGAGGGCUGAGGUUGAAGAUGAACAAAACGUUAAAAACGGCAAGCAGUCCUCUUCUGGAGCAGCUACAUGAAAAAAAAUAAAUAAACGAUUUCGUUGACUAUUGCACUAUUGACUUUCUUACCCCAACUUGAUAUACCCAACCACCACGUGUAUCCGUUACGCUGUCGUAAUUUUUCUGAGUUUAUCAAGUGUGCGAAGUAGAGAAUUAAUUUCCCGGGAUAAUAUAUAUAUGCAUUUUCAGAUGUUGUAUAUAUGUUUUUCCGGAAUUAAUCUCUCUACUUCUUUUUUCAUUUUUACGUAAUUAUUAUCUAUUGGGGAUAUGUAUAUUUCCUAUUUUCCGAUUUAACGAAAAUAUAUGUUUGCUGUUUUGUUUCAUGGGGUAUCAAUGUAUCAUAUCAAUAUAUACGAUUAAACUGUUUUUAA